GCUUGUGCACCAUGUCGAGACGCAAGCAGGCGAAACCCCAGCACAUCAACUCCGAGGAGGAGCCCCCAGAUGCUGCAAGUGGGAGUCCACAAAACGCCCCAGGUGAUGGAGAUGAUGAAAUGAGUUCCAAAAGAUGCCGAACAGAGGAAACCAACAUCUGUGAGAAAUGUUGUGCAGAGUUCUUUGACCUCUCUGAAUUUCUUGAGCAUAAGAAAAAUUGCACUAAAAAUCCACCUGUCCUAAUCAUGAAUGAUAGUGAAGGAACAAUACCCCCUGAAGACUUCCCUGGAGCCUCUACAGAGAGCUUUCCAAAUGAUCGACAGGAUAGCCAGCCAGCCAAGGACAGUCAGACCAAGAGUUGCACUGGCUCUGUGGAGAAGAGAGAGGGGAAAGUUGAUACUGAAGUAGUGGGAGGAAUGUAUCUAAAAACAGAACCUCCUGUUACUCCUGCAACUCAUGGGCUAAGCUAUUUACCAAAAUCCAAAGUGCCAAACACUAAUGUGACUUUGCAGACAAUACGAGGCACUAAAGUGGCUGUGAAUCAGCGUACCUCUGACACCAUCUCUUCCUCAGCAGCCAGUUUUAAUGCUAUUCCAAUGAUCCUUGAACAGCUUGUGUGCUUGCAGCAGCAGCAACUCCAGCAAAUUCAGCUCACAGAGCAAAUCCGCAUCCAAAUUGCCAUGAUGGCUCCUCAUGCCCUACAUCCUUCAAUAGUAGCUGCUACUGAUCCACUAAAAGCUUUGGGUGCUCAGAUGUCUCAGCAGCUGUCUGCUGCUGUUGCUUUAAUUGGACAAAAAGCUGGAAGCCAAAGCCUAUCACUGGAAUCCUUGAAGCAUGGAAAACUACCUCAUUCUAACAUAGUCAUUCCAACUGCUGGCUCGGUAGCCAGUGGGCUUUCUUCUUCCUUCUCCCUGAAGCCUGAAGCAAACAGAAGCCUCCCAAGUUCUAUGUCUCGUUUUCCAAACCCUUUACUACCUCAAUCAUCUAGCUCGGUCAUCUUCCAAAACCCACUCUCUGCAGUUUCUUCAGUGAUUGAUCCCUCAAAGAAAGGCAAAGGGAAGCCCCCCAAUAUCAGCGUGUCUGAAAGCAAACCAAAUGCUGAGGAACCUUUCUUUAAACAUAAGUGCAAGUUCUGUGGCAAGGUCUUCGGCAACGAUAGUGCUUUGCAGAUACACCUCCGCUCCCACACUGGUGAAAGACCCUACAAGUGUAACAUUUGCGGUAACAGAUUUACAACCAAAGGAAACCUUAAAGUGCAUUUUCAGCGUCAUAAAGAUAAGUACCCUCACAUUAAAAUGAAUCCCUAUCCAGUACCUGAGCAUCUGGACAAUGUGCCCACUAGCAGUGGAAUCCCCUAUGGAAUGUCUGUACCACUGGAUGAGUCUAACCUAAUUGUGGACAGCAAGCCUAUUCUGACAUCACUGCCUACCUCAGUAGGCACUGGCUUGCCUCAGAAUAUCUCCAAUCUAGCAUGCAUCAAGGAGUCUCUUGCCAGCACAUUUUCAAGUGACAUGCAGCCAAGGCCUUCUCCAGAAAGUGAAGGUGGUUCUUCCUCAUCAGGAGCAGCGAGUCAUGAGUCGGGAACUGAGCAGCGCCUGAGCUCACCACAAGCUAGCUGCAGUGUGAGUGUCUUCCAUGUAAGCAGAGCAAGUGAGCAAGGUUCAGAAACAUCUAAGCUACAGCAAUUGGUUGAGAAUAUUGACAAGUCCACCACAGACCCCAAUGAGUGCCUCAUCUGUCAUAGAGUGCUGAGCUGCCAGAGUUCACUCAAAAUGCAUUACCGUACUCACACUGGAGAGAGGCCAUUCAAGUGUAAAAUUUGUGGCCGUGCCUUCUCAACAAAAGGUAACCUUAAGACUCAUUAUGGUGUCCACCGGGCAAACACCCCCCUAAAGAUGCAACAUUCCUGUCCAAUUUGUCAGAAGAAGUUUACAAAUGCAGUUGUAUUGCAGCAGCAUAUUCGCAUGCAUAUGGGGGGACAAAUUCCCAAUACACCUAUGCCGGAAAACACUUGUGAUAAUACUGAUGUGGAUCCUACUGUGACCGAGAAGAAUGGAGACCUGACUCGCCCAGGUGAGAACAUGGAAAGCAUAGAAGACAUGGAAGAAGACCUAGACUCUCAGGAUGGCCCUAGCAGCUCUUUGAAACCACCAAUUCCAUAUGAUGCACACUCAGAAUCUCCAGGCCCAGCAUUUUCAGGGAUUGCAGCUCUAGAAAACCAAAUGAAAAUGGUAAAUUCAGCUUUGAACUUGCAACGGCAAAGCAGCCUGAAGUCUAGUGACAAUGGCUCGGCAGAAAGUGAUGGCAUGACGAAUGAUUCUUCCUCUGUGGCAGGUGAUCCAGAUUAUCAAAAUGGCAGGAGUCCUGCCGCUUCUGAAUCUGCUUCAUUCCAGGCAUUGUCCCCAACCAAUAGCCAAUCUGAAAGCAUUAGGUCAAAGUCACCAAGUUUCAACAGUCAGGAAGAUGCUGGCAUGGGAAAUAAAGCUGAGGGCCCUGUAAACCAUCUUGCAGAGAUGGAAGGGGCUGGCGCUUUGGAUCUAACUUAUGGCAAUAUUGGUCGAAAGAUCAUCAAAGAAGAACCUGGGUUACACUUCCCAAAUGGAGAGUAUGGUCGCAGCAGCAUUCAUGCUGCUUUUGUCAGGGCUCCACCUGCCCUCAUAAAAGUGGAGAUGUCUAGUGAGCGUCCUAUUAGUGCUAGCCAUUUUAUUGGCCCACCAACUUUAUCACCUGGUGUUCCCCCUCUCCUGGUGCCACGGCCUAAGCUUUGCCGUCCAGCUAAACAGCACAUCUGCACUACGUGUGGGAAGAACUUCUCCUCUGCAAGUGCUCUUCAGAUUCAUGAACGGACCCAUACUGGUGAAAAGCCAUUUGCAUGUACCAUCUGUGGGAGAGCCUUUACCACAAAAGGAAACCUGAAGGUUCAUGUUGGAACUCACAUGUGGAAUAACUCUGCCAGGCGUGGAAGAAGAUUAUCCAUUGAUAAUCCCAUGGCUCUGUUGGGGAAUGAUCCAAAGAAGGUAUCUGAAAUGUUUCCAAAGGAUAUAGUGCCUCCUUCAGUGAACAUUGAUCCCACAGGGUGGAACCAGUAUGCAGCGGUACUCAGCAAUGGCUUGGCAAUGAAGACUAAUGAGAUUUCAGUGAUCCAGAGUGGUGGCAUACCUUCUCUUCCAGUCACCAUUGGGGGUGGUUCUGCAAUAAAUACUGCAACAGUCUCCAAGAUAGAUGGGUCCCAGUCUGGAAUUAGCUCAGAUAUGGAGAAAGCUGGUGGUGCUGCUGCAGACAAUGUGCCAAAACACCAGUUCCCUCACUUCAUGGAGGAAAACAAAAUUGCUGUUAGUUAG